UCUAGCUGAAAAUGGCGAGAAACGGUUCAAAUAGUUUGGAUAACUUUUGCGGAUCUGAAUUUUGGAAUUCAACCUUAACGUGGGACACCGAUGAUCCCGAUUUUACAAAAUGUUUCGAAAAAACCGUUUUAGUAUGGAUACCGUGUGUAUUUCUGUGGUUAUUUUCAAGUUUAGAAGUGUACUACAUAGCAAGUAGUAAAAAGAAGGAUAUUCCAUGGAACUUUUUAAAUUGCUUCAAGUUGCUAGUGACCGGGGGCGUUUGUGUGUUAAUGUUAAGUGAUUUUGUUACAAAUGUUAAAAUGACUAGUACGCGAGAUGUUCCGCCUGUUGAUAUUUAUUCCCCAAUUAUUAAAUUGGCUUCUGUGGGGCUGUCAGCAGUUUUGCUUUAUUAUAACAAAAAACAUGGUUUGCGAACUUCGGGCUUGUUGUUUCUCUUUUGGUUUUUGAUGGCCUUGUGCGGUGCUCCCCAGUUUAGAACAGAAAUUCGACACGCUCAAAAAGAUGGCGUUCCAGAAUCUUACUAUGCCUACAUCAGUUAUUUAAUUUAUUUCCCCCUAAUUUUACUGAUGUUGUUACUGAACUGUUUCGCUGAUCAACCUCCGAAGAUUACAAAAUAUCCAAAAACUCAGAAACCAUGCCCAGAAGAGGGCGCCAGUUUUCUUUCGCGCUUGUUAUUCGCUUGGUUCGAUUCAAUGACCUGGACCGGGUUUCGGAAGCCGUUGGAAGCUUCCGAUUUAUGGGAUAUGAAUCAGGAAGAUUCGGCAGCUGAGGUUGUGCCAUUGUUUGAGAAACAUUGGAGGAAAACCCUUAUGAAAACGCGCAGUGCCGAACCUGUACAUGCUAGGGCGGAGUUCAAGUCCGAUUCGGGUCAUAUAGACUUCGUCAAUACCGGGAAAAAGAAAGAAGCGUCGAUUCUGCCUGCGCUUUUUCGAUCAUUUGGCCCCAUAUUUGUAUUUGGAUCUUGCCUGAAACUAGUCCAAGAUGUGUUAACAUUCGUCAGUCCACAAGUAUUAGGUUUUAUUAUAACAUUCGUCAAGAAUCCGACGCAUAGUUGGAAAGGAUAUUUUUACGCCGGUCUUUUGUUUGCGACCGCCACCACCCAGACCUUGUUCCUGUCUCAGUAUUUCAAUCGAAUGUUUAUCGUCGGAAUGAGAAUAAGAACCGCCCUCGUAUCGACAAUUUAUAGGAAAUCUUUAAAAAUUUCGAACAAAGCGAGAAAGGAGAGGACGGCCGGCGAGAUCGUUAAUUUGAUGGCGGUCGACGCGCAAAAGUUCAUGGAUUUAACAGCGUACUUAAACAUGAUAUGGUCCGCGCCGUUGCAAAUAUGUCUCUCGAUGUAUUUCCUGUGGCAAGAACUGGGACCGUCCGUUUUGGCCGGUCUCGCGGUCAUGAUAAUUUUGAUUCCCGUCAACGGCUUCAUCGCCAACAAAUCGAAGACCUUGCAGAUAAAACAAAUGAAGAAUAAAGACGAGCGGGUGAAGUUGAUGAACGAGAUUUUGAGCGGCAUCAAAGUUUUGAAGUUGUACGCGUGGGAACCCAGUUUCGAAAAUCAGGUGCUGAAAAUUAGAGGGAAAGAGAUAAAGGUUUUGAAAGAAGCGGCUUAUUUGAACGCGGGCACGUCGUUUAUAUGGUCCUGCGCUCCAUUUUUGGUCGUUUUAGCUACAUUUGUGUCGUUCGUCUUUAGCGAUGAGAAGAAUGUUUUGACGCCCGAAAUAACAUUUAUAUCGUUAAGUCUUUUCAGCACCAUGAGUAUGCCGAUGGGUUUGUUGCCAAUUCUCUUGGUGUACACCAUAGAGACAUACGUUUCAGUAAAGAGAAUAAACAGGUUUAUGAAUUCGGAAGAGUUGGAUCCGAAUAAUGUAACGCACGAUAGUUCACCCGAAGACCCGUUGAUAAUUGAAAACGGCACGUUUUCGUGGGGCGAAGAUCCCAUUUUGAAAAACAUCAACAUCAAAAUUCCGGUCAAAACGCUGACCGCCGUUGUCGGUUCCGUCGGUUCCGGUAAAAGCAGCCUCGUGUCCGCCUUCUUGGGAGAAAUGGAUAAACUCUCUGGCCGAGUUAACACUUACGGUUCGAUAGCUUAUGUCUCCCAACAGGCGUGGAUCCAAAACGCCACAUUGAAAGACAACAUUCUGUUCGGAAAAGAUUACGAUAAGAAAUUGUACGAUGAAAUUAUCGAAGGAUGCGCGCUCACGGCCGAUUUUGAUAUGUUGCCUGGGGGUGACCAAACAGAGAUUGGCGAAAAAGGUAUCAACUUAUCGGGUGGUCAAAAACAACGGGUCAGCUUAGCCCGAGCUGUUUACGCGAACGCCGACAUAUAUUUCUUGGACGAUCCUUUGAGUGCGGUCGAUUCUCACGUCGGCAAACACAUUUUCGAAAAAGUUUUGGGACCCAAAGGAUUGUUGCAGAAUAAAACCAGGGUUCUCGUCACCCACGGUAUAACGUAUUUGCCUCAAACCGAUAAAAUAUAUGUUAUUAAAAAUGGGGAAGUGUCGGAAAACGGAACUUAUCAAGAGUUGCUCGACCGCAAAGGCGCUUUUGCUGAAUUCCUUGUGCAGCACAUUCAGGAACAAGCACAAAAUGAAGAAGAUGUUUUACGUUCAAGUAACACUGAAUUAGAUCAAUUAAAAACACAGCUCAGCGGAUCUCAAGUCUCCGAGGAAAUAACCAAGCAAAUAGUUCGUAUGAGGUCGCGCGUAUCAGAAUCCCUCUCAGACACGGGUUCAAACCCCGCGCUUAACGGAUCGCUUCAGCGUCAAAAAUCGGAAGACAGCUCCAAAAGUCAUAGGCAAAUGUCAAUCUCGGGAGAAGCGACGAAAAAGGGACCGGCCGUGGGCGAAAAGCUGAUCGAAACGGAGAAAUCGGAAACCGGAAGCGUCAGUUGGGCGGUCUACCAGCAUUAUAUCCGGUCUAUCGGGGUGUUUAUCACCUUGAUGACGGUCUUUUUGAACAUGUGCUUCCAAGGGUUCAGUAUUGGUUCCAACGUCUGGUUGGGCAUCUGGGCCGAUGAUAAAGAUAUGGUCGACCAGAAUGGUACAGUCAACACCGCGAAAAGGGAUUUGUAUUUGGGGGUUUAUGGGGCCCUCGGUAUUGGACAAGUUAUCGUGAUAUUCUUAGCGGUGCUUGCUUUAUACAUUGGAACUUUAAACGCCGCCAAGUGGUUGCACCAAGUGUUAUUAUCGAACAUUGUAAGAGCGCCGUGUCCGCAAUUUUUCGAUGUUACGCCCGUGGGAAGAAUCUUAAAUAGAUUCUCCAAGGAUAUUGACACCUUGGAUACGGUUUUGCCAAUGACUCUGAGGGGAUGGAUUACGUGUUUAUUCUCGGUGUUGGGAACGUUGGUUGUUGCCAGCUACACAACUCCACCAUUCAUAAUAGUUAUCAUUCCGAUCGGUAUUCUCUACUACUUUAUACAGCGUUUUUAUGUAGCAACGUCGAGGCAACUGAAACGUUUGGAAUCCGUGUCCAGGUCUCCGAUAUAUUCUCAUUUCGGCGAAACGGUUAGCGGGGUGCAAACUAUACGCGCGUACGGCCAACAAGAGCGCUUCAUUACGGAAUCGGAGAACAAAGUCGACUUGAACCAAGUCUGUUAUUAUCCUAGCAUAAUCUCGAAUCGAUGGUUGGCCGUACGCCUCGAAAUGAUCGGCAACUUCAUAAUACUCUUUGCUGCCCUUUUUGCCGUUCUGGGCAAAAACCAGCUGCCCGGUCUUGUGGGACUAUCGAUAACCUAUUGCUUACAGAUAACUCAAACUUUAAACUGGCUGGUUCGAAUGACGUCUGACGUUGAGACCAACAUAGUGGCGGUGGAGAGAAUUAAAGAGUACGCGGAAGUGGGGCAAGAGGCCCCCUGGGAACUGCCGAAUAAGAAUCCAUCGAUUACGUGGCCCGAAACUGGCUCGGUCGAGUUCAAAGACUUCUCCGUUAGGUACAGGCCAGAACUGGACCUGGUCCUCAAGCGUGUUAAUUUCGAAGUGAAGGGCAGUGAAAAGGUUGGCAUCGUGGGAAGGACGGGCGCUGGAAAAUCGAGCUUAACCUUGUCGCUAUUCAGAAUUAUAGAAGGAUCGGAGGGCCAGAUCUCCAUAGACGGGGUAAACGUUGCCGAAUUAGGUUUGCACACGUUAAGAUCUAGAUUGACGAUCAUUCCUCAAGACGCGGUACUGUUUUCCGGAUCCCUUCGCAUGAAUCUAGAUCCGUUCGAUAAAUAUAGCGACGACGACGUUUGGCGCUCCCUGGAACAUGCGCAUCUUAAAGAUUUUGUUAAAGGUUUGCCGUCCGGUUUGCAUCACGAAGUGUCCGAGGGGGGCGAAAACCUAUCUGUCGGCCAACGGCAACUGAUAUGCUUGGCCAGAGCUUUGUUGCGUAAAACGAAGGUUUUAAUUUUAGACGAGGCGACCGCGGCAGUGGACUUGGAGACCGACGACUUAAUUCAAAAAACUAUACGCACUAAGUUUAACGAUUGUACAGUACUUACUAUAGCACACAGGCUAAACACGAUCAUGGAUUCAGACAGGGUUAUCGUCUUAGAUAAGGGCAGGAUUGUCGAAUUCGAUUCGCCCGCGGCUUUGUUAAGAAGGCCCGAAACGAUAUUUUAUGGUAUGUGUAAAGACGCGGGUCUGGCAUAGAUUGCGCUUAAUAUUGUUUUAUCUUGUAGUUAGGUCAUAUUGCCUUAUUUACGUUGUUUAUUGUUGAACUUUAUGUCUAGCUUUCAAUGGGUAUGUUUACUCGAAUUUUGACUUAUUUUCCGAAUUUGAAAAUCGUUACCGUUUACUUUUUUUUUGCAGCAGCUAAAGUUAAGUUGAAUAAACAAACUCGUUACGUUUUUUCUAUCCGCACACGUUGAUAAAGAGCUUGGUGAACGAAUGUUGUCUAAUAUUGACCAAAAUUUGCCAUAAAAUAAUGAUUGGUUUAUAUAACUCCCCGGGAUUUUGCCUUUAGAGCCCAUGAAAUUUACUGGUUUUUUAUUCCUAGAUUUGGGAAAAUUGAAAAGACCUUGAGCUCUCUCAAAAUCGAAAAAUGGAUUAAAUAAUUUGUCUUCUCAGUAAUACUCAGUUCAUCAGAAAUAUUUAUUUGGGUAGAUUUAACCUGUAAAAUUAAGAUUUUGAAUAAAAUGGGUUUAAAAUUGACUACAAUGAUCAUUACUUCAGUAAUUUAACUCAACUUCCGUUCUGUAUAAAAGCAAGUCGAAUAAAAGAUGUUAUAAGUCUAUAAGCUUUAAUCCUCUAGUAGUGCUCAUGGAACAUGCUACAUGGAAAUUUUAAUAAAUCGUUUUUGGUCGGAUAUGAAGGCUAGCCGGGGAAAUAUAAAUUUAAGCUGUUAUAAUAAGUUGGGGGACAAAAUUCGGAAAACAGUUUAAUAUGGUUUAGACAAAUUAGAUUAUACACUUCUUAGACCAAGCUCCGACUGAAAAUAAGAUACAGCCCCUGCGAACACAUACAAAUAUGUAUAUAUGAUUUUCACAUUUUUAUUUUCGUAUUUGUCUGUCUGUCUGUGGUAUAAUGCAGUCCAUUUGUGUUAAAUGAUUGCUUGUUCAUGCACAUCACAUUGUAACUGAUUUUUAUUAAUACCAAUAAUUCUGCAAAAGUUGCACUAUUGACCCAAUGUGAAUCUUGCCUUAAAAAUCGACAAAGUUUGUGAUUUCAAGUAAUAAAAUCUUAAUUAUAAGGCAAAUUUAAACAUAAUUAGAAUUGUAGGAAAACUACACUUGAUUUAGUAAAAAGAAAUACUCUGUACUUAUUUAGUAGGAAUUUUUGAAGUUUAUUACCUUUUAAUUUGACAGCUGUUAAUAAAUAAGUUGAAACAAAUGGCGAAUGGUAGAUAUGGAGGCAAUACAUCUCAUCAGGUUGUCACAUAUUGGCCCUACACAAUUUGAAUCUCUAAAGCCGUAAGAUUUAUAAGGUGGAAUCAUUUUUUGUCUGUAACAACGUGCCCUCCAUAAAGUUUUACGAUUAUGAUUUGAUUUGUGAAAACAUCCUGUCCUAUUUGAAAUUUUUAAAAUUUAAUUUUUAAGGUCCUUGUAACUUGAAUUAGGAUUUUGGAAAUUAUAAAUUUCUAGUGGCACGAAUUUGGAAGACCAUUUAUACACCUAGAAAACAUCACAAAGUAAUAAUUUUUCAGUCAAACUAAUUAAAUGUCUUGGGAGUUAUAUUAUAGUCAGUAAAAAUAUGUUAUGUCCCCGAACAAUUUUGUUUUAUUUUCUAACUUUGUUUUAUAUAGGUAUUGGAACCUGUUGUGUAUUAUUAGUUUUUUUUUCCAAUAAACUUCAUGUUCCUGUUGGUUAAUAUAUUUAUAGCAAUUAUAUACUUAAUGUCAUUUAAGUGUUUUUUGACAACUCGUCACAGAUUUAUAUAUUUUAUAUGUUUUGAAAUAAAUGUUUCAAAAUUC